AUGGAGAAUCAGGAAGAUGUUCCGGGUAAACACUAUGGUCGCCCGAGGGUUGAUUUGGAGCCCUAUAAAGCCGAGGUCAUUGCCUUGCACGAGAAAAAGAUGAAAGGUGACGACAUCUGCAAGCAUCUAAAGCAACAACAUGAUAUCCAAAUCUCCCCGCGCACCCUCACCAAGCGUCUACAGCAUUGGGGAGUGAAAAAGAAGAUGGAACACUUCUCUUCCAAUGAGGUGCUUCAUGCGCGGAUCAAGAAUCUUUUCUUCGAUGUUGGUCUGGGCGAUUCGGAGAUCCUCACUGUUCUAAAUGGCGAGGGCUACGAUAUCUCACUUCGUACCCUCCGAAGACUUCGUCAUCAGCUAGGAAUCCGUCUUCGUCUUGACUCGCCAACCGGGCAACAGGAGCAAGUCCAGGAGAUCCUUGAAGCCUUGGUUGAGGAGAUGGACAAGGGAACCAUUGAAGGAUAUGGCAAGGAACUACUGCAUAAUCAUUUCCGCAGCAAGGGAUAUGUCUUUGCUAGAGAUCGCCUGUACAAUGUCUACCGUAUGCUCCGUCCAGACAAUGUCGAACGCCGCACGAGUGAUGCCCCGCGCCGAGUUCCUCCGCCAAAGAUUCUAGCUGGUCCUAACUUGACUUGGCACGUGAACAGUUAUUCAAAGCUGGCUAAUUUUGGGUUUCGAAUUCAUGCAGAGAUUGAUUCAUUUUCUCGCUAUGUUCUCUGGCUCAAUGUUGGUGUUGGUGCUCACUCUGCCGUGAGCGUCCUGAAGCAUCAUACUGAUGCCGUCUCUUCCAAGAGCCUUCAACCGCGCAUACUCCGAUCCGAUUUAGAAUCUGAGGUGCCUCUUCUGGCAGAUGCCCAUCUUAAUCUCCGUCGCGCUUCUGAACCAGAUGUGGAACGAGAACAAUGCUGUGCUCCUGGGCGAGCCACAGACACCCAUCGCAUUGAGUCCUGGUGGGCCCAGCUUGCCAAGUCGGUGGUGACCCUUUACUAUAACUAUUUCCGCCAACUCCACACAGAAGGACUAUUCUCAAGUUCAAUACUAGCGGACCAAGUAUCCCUCCUGGCAAUCUAUAUGCCAAUUCUCCGCAGUCAUAUAAACUCCUACGUUCAAACCUGGAACGUUCACAACAUCCGCAAACAAAAGGACCACCCAGAACGUGCGCCAGGAAAACCAUACAUGAACUACCACCACCCACCAAAAGGAGUCGAAAACUUCGGCCUACCAAUCGACCAGCCCACCCUGCAACUACUCCAAGAAAGCCACAGAGAUGUUGAUCCAGAGCAAUAUCUUCCACCGGAUACACUCCGGUGGUGUAUGACGCAACUUCAAGAGUUGGAAUUCGAUCCGUAUAGCCCGCCUGCCCGGUUGCCUGGAGACCUUCAGCCAUUCCGGUCAGUAUAUCUUGAUCUCCGGGAGAGAGCGUGGCGGCAUGAACGUUCCGGGGCACAGCCCCAGUUGGCACUCUGUGAAACUCCUGGUCAGGGAUUACAGGGAUAUGCCCCUUCACGAUAA